AGUACACUCCGUGCGCUUGGCAGUUUCGGUUUAUGAUAACAUUACUAUUCUUCAUAAGUGCGCAUAGAUUUUUUUUGAAUUACGAUAAUGUAAAUAUUGCAAUACAAACUAUAAUAUCAAAAUAUAAAUCUUAAUUAUUAUCUACUCAGAGACGACAAAAUUCUAGAAAAGGUAAUAUUCUCCAUAAACAACGCAUUCUCCGUAAAAAAUAGAAAUUAUGAAUUUAUAUUUAAUUUUUUAGAAUUCGAUUCGUUUCUACUUCCCAAAAUGUUUCCUGUCUUGUUUGUGUAUUACAUAUUAAUCGUUCGCUUUUUGAAAGCGACGACGCCCAUGACAACGCUUCCACCAACAACGCCUCCUCCCUUGAAUUCCUUAUUCGUGAAAUACGGAGCUUCACAACAUCGACAAGAUAAGAAACUGGAUGUAAAGCCUUUAGCUGUAAUUCAAGAUGUAUCGAGAGUGCAGUGUUUGGGUCUGUGUUUACAGCGACAAACGGCUAGCAAGUCCAAGAUAUGCCGAUCUUUCAAUUUUGCGAAUAGAACUUGUUACAUGCUGAAUACCUUUGUCUGUGAUGGGGAGAGAGAACUCAAGGAUGCACCCGGUUUCAGUUACUUUGACCUGGUUGAUGACUUUGCAAAGGAGGUAAAAGGAGACUUCUUCAAUAUUCAGUUACGUUUAACUUUCAGUAAAUUUACUUAUGCUUAA